CAAAGAUAUACUGUCCGUGACCAAACAGCUGUGAACAUUGUUUUGACAUCUGGGAGAGAGGUAGAGAGGCGGCUGGAAAUUAAUUGGCGCCGUGUGCGUAGGAAGCAACCUAUAAUGAUUGUGAGCCUUACACAGAGACCAGUAAUACACAAUCCGCGGUGAAACUCAGUUUGAAUUCUCGGGGAACUAAUAGACGAGAUGGCCAUUGUUUGUAAUUUGUAACAAGCAGACAGUAUAAAGAUAUCCAAAAAUUAAGUUGUACAUCUCUCUUCCGGAGUGAUACAAUGAAGAGUAUUAACGAUUGAGACUGUACAAUAACCAUACGCACGUAGAAUGGUCAAACGAAGAUUACAAGCGCAGAAACAGGCGACGCCAUUGCCUGUGCAACCCACAAGACAGUUAAGAAAGGAUUCAUUAAGGGAACAGAACCAUAACUUAUCGUCGUUCGAGAAAUACGUUGGUUUCUCUAUUUCAGAACUGAAAACAUGGGAACGUUUUGUAAAACUGUUGUUCAAACCCACAGACCCUUCGUCGCUUGGAGUUGUACGAGCACUCUUUGGGCUGCUGAUGGUCUUAGAUAUACCAGAGGAAAGAGGUCUCGCAGAUGCAGACAUCCGUUGGGGGAAUCCAGAUGAGUGUCGUUUUCCCUUAUUCAGCAACCUUCAUCCUUUGCCACUGGAGUGGAUGUGCAUCGUUUACCUCAUUAUGUGGAUUGGAGCCUUUGGGAUUAUGCUUGGAUUUCAUUUUAAGAAGAGUUGUGUUGCAUUUAUUCUUCCAUAUUUUUACAUAUUUCUGUUGGACAAAGCAACUUGGAACAACCACACAUACCUGUAUGGGCUCAUUGCUUUAUUACUCUUAGGGUCAAACGCAAACCAUUAUUGGUCAUUAGAUGCAGUUUUUUGUAAAGUGAAGUAUGAUUCACCAGUCCCAUUGUGGAACUAUGCCAUUCUCAGAGUACAGUUAUUUAUUGUCUACUUUAUUGCUGGACUGAAGAAAAUGGACCAGGACUGGAUUGAAGGUUAUUCUAUGACUAACCUGAACAACCAUUGGGUAUUUGAUCCUUUCAAGCUGUUACUAACACCAGAGCAAGUGGAUUAUUGGAUAGUACAUGUCAGUGGCUUUCUCCUUGAUCUAACAAUAGGGUUUUGGCUCUUCUUUGACAAAACAAGACCUUAUGCUAUAUUCUUCUGUACAACAUUCCACCUUAUGAAUUCAACAAUCUUUAGUAUUGGAAUGUUUCCAUAUGUAUGCUUGGCAACUAUGCCAAUAUUCUGCUAUCCUGAUUGGCCAAAAACUUGUAAUUUGAAUAUCAAAAAGUUACUGUGGAGCCGCUCAUUAUCAAAGACUAAAUUGGAGGAGAAGAAGCUAAAGAAUUUUAAGUCUCAUCAGCAGUCAGCUGUCCCAGCACAAACACUUUCACUUACUUGGAAACACAGUUUUGUUGCCACAUUGCUCAUUUCAUACACUGGCCUGCAGGUUUUCUUACCCUAUUCUCAUUUUAUAACAAAGGGGUACAAUAACUGGACAAAUGGACUGUAUGGUUAUUCAUGGGACAUGAUGGUUCAUUCAUGGGAUACUAUCAUGAUAGCUCUCAGAAUAGUGGACAAUACAUCAGGAAAAGAGCAUUUCUUAGACCCUGAGGCUUGGGUUCAGACCGACCGCUGGGCUAAACAUGCUGAUAUGGUGGUACAGUAUGCUCACUGUCUUAAACGGAAUAUUCUAAGCUACAAAAACAGUCAUGUUCCAGGCACUGAGAUUGACAAGUAUAUAACAGGAGACAACAUAUCAAUAUAUGUGGAUGUGUGGUGCUCUCUAAAUGGCCGCUUCCAGCAACGCAUGUUUGAUCCCAACGUAGACAUACUGAAAGUGGAAUGGUCUCCAUUUGAGAAACCAUCAUGGUUAAUGCCUCUCCUAACUGAAUUCAGCUCAUGGAGGCAAAGAAUAAUGGAAAUGGAAAAAGAAGUGUAUUCAUGGUCUGAUUAUAGUGAUGCAUUGUUUGUUGCAGAUUUCCCAGGUCUUUACCUUGAAAAUUUUAUAGCAAAGGAUUUAUCAAAUGUGACACUUACAAUAUUAGAGGGAGAAGUCUUUGUGAAUGUCACCACGGAACGGAAAAACAUCUCAACAAGCCACUUCCUAACUCGGGGGGAAGCAAUUCGGAUUCCAGUUGGUGUUUUCCAUAAGGUGCUUGUGGUAUCUUCUACACCUGCUUGCUACAUGUACACUUAUACGAAUUACACAAAACAAUUGCUUGAAGAAGCUGACCAAUCAGAAAAUGUAGAGAUGCCAAACCCAAAUAAUGAUUUCUUUUCAGACUUAAAAUCCCAGAUAAAAACUUUUUUGACAGCCUUAGGUACGAUUUUUAAUGCUAUUCUGAGUUUACUGUUCUCUGUCCCAAUGCCUAGACGUGUUAAAGUAGCAUAAAAUUUAUUGUGGACAAGAUACAUCUUUCAGUUUUUCCUAAUAUGUGACUACAUUAUUUUGGAAUUGACUUAUUUACAGAAAACUAGA